CUCAUUCUUCAACAACUUAAUUCCUCCUUUUCUUCAACACUUGAACCUCAUCUUCUCCUCAUUCAUCUCAACACCAAAAAAGCGACUUCUUCCUCUUCAUCCUUCACCCAACCUAUCCUUACUUUCUCCCUGAUACCCCCCUAACUCUACCCCAAAAACAACCCCCCAAAAACACAGCCAAAAUGACACAACGCCUAAAGCUCACCAGCGACAACCUCUCCACCAUUGCUUCGCAGCAAGGAGAGCAGAGAGUCCAGGUCCCUUCCUACGACCGCAAGUCGCUCAAGGAGGGCAUCGUCCACGUCGGUGUCGGCGGUUUCCACAGAGCUCACUUGGCUGUCUACGUCGACAAGCUGCUCGAGAAGCAUGGUGAGCGCGACUGGGCCAUCUGCGGUAUCGGCCUGCGUCCCAACGAUGCCGCCAUGCGCGAUGUUCUCAACGCCCAGGACCACCUCUACACCGUCAUUGAGCGAUCUGCCAAGGGCAGCUUCGCCGACGUUGUCGGCAGCAUCAACUCCUUCCUUUUCGCUCCCGAUGACCGUGAGGCCGUCAUUGCAAAGAUGGCUCAUCCCGACACUCACAUCGUCUCCCUCACUAUUACUGAGAGUGGCUACUACUACAACGAGAACACCCAUCAAUUGAAGGAUGAGCACCCCGACAUCCAGCACGAUCUCAAGAAGGAGAACGAGAACGCCCCCAUCAGCACAUUCGGCUUCCUCUACGCUGCUCUUGCCCGCCGCCACCAGCAGGGCCUCAAGCCCUUCACCGUUUUGUCUUGCGACAACAUGCAGAAGAACGGUUCCAUCACCCGCAGCAUGCUCGAGUCUUUCGCUAAGCUCAAGAACCCCGAGCUUGCCAAGUGGAUCGCCGAGGAGGGUGCUUUCCCCAACGCCAUGGUUGAUCGCAUUACCCCCAGCACUUCCGAGAACGACAUCAAGUCGCUCGCCGAGAACUUUGGUAUUGAGGAUGCCUGGCCCGUUGUGACCGAGCCCUUCAUGCAGUGGGUUGUUGAGGACAAGUUCUCCGACGGCCGUCCUCCCUUCGAGAAGGUCGGUGUCCAGGUCGUCGCCGACGUUCACGACGUCGAGCAGUUUGAGAAGCACAAGCUUCGUCUCCUCAACGCCAGUCACUCCGCCAUGGCUUACCCCGGACAGCUCGCUGGUUUCAAGUACGUCCACGAGGUCUUGGAGAACCCCAUUUACCGCAAGUUUGUCUGGCAGAUGAUGCAGGAGGAGGUCAAGCCCCUUCUUCCCGAGAUCCCCGGUGUCGACAUUGACAAGUACUGCGAGACCCUUAUGGAGCGAUUCUCCAACCCUACCAUCAUGGACCAGAUCCCCCGUGUCGCCCUCAACGCUUCCGGCAAGAUCCCUCAGUUCAUCAUGCCCUCCAUCGCCGAGAACAUCUGGGUUACUGGCCCAUUUCGCCGACUGUGUUUCGUCGCCGCCGCCUGGUUCAUCUACAUCAACGGUGUCGACGACAAGGGCAACAAGUUCGAGGUUGACGACCCCCUGCGCGAGAAGCUUCAGGCUCUUGCCAAGGAGGGCGGUCCCGAUCCUCGCUCUAUUCUGAGCGUUCGAGAGCUGUUCGGUGACGAUUUGCGAGGUGACCAGCGCUUCUUGGACGAGGUGACUAAGGCCAUGGCUCUGAUCACCAAGGAUGGUGUCUUGGAGACUAUCCCCAAGUACGUAAGCUAAAUUGGCUAUUAGCGAGAAACUUGGACUCUACCUGUCUCUUGUUUAACGGAAAGGUUUUCAGCGAAGCGCAGAUUUUGAUGAUGAAUUGGUUUAAUGAUAUCUCAUGGGCUGGGUAAAGGCCAGAUCAUGGAAGGUUUGUGUGCCACUCCAGAAGACACACCUCAGAUAGACAUAAGAGGGCAGAUGCCCAAAAAGUUUUAAUGAUUAUUUCAUGAUUUGAUGAA